CCAGCCGACUAUCGAGGCUUUUGCACGGAACCCAGAAAUGUGGACGCGUCUUCCUCUCCUCAUGUGUGCCGUGGCAGCUAUGCCGCACGAUGGCAUAUUGAUUCUGAACGGGACAAGCACGGUGCACCUGUACGAACCUGAUACCCGUGACUUCCACGAGACAAACCCUUCCGUGACGGCAUACGGCCGUCUGGUGGAGGGGGACAUCUUGAGGCUGCCCGGGGAGGACCGCAAGGCCAUCUCCAGCGGCCAGCUGUGGGACGACAGGCGUUAUAACUACGAGAUCGUGGCCGAGAACGAGCGCGCCUUCAUCGAAGCCGGCAUCCAGUUCUGGAGAGAAAACACGUGCAUUGACUUCCGGGAGGUGUCGCCUGGCAGUGGCCUGCCCCGAGUCCAGUUCGUGGCCGAGCGAGGCUGCUGGUCGAGCGUGGGCUGCAUGGCCAGGUUCCAGAGCUCGCGCACGCAGAAGCUUAGCAUUGGAAACGGCUGCAACGGUCUGGGUACUGUGACGCACGAGAUCGGCCACUCACUCGGCUUCUUCCACGAGCAGUCGCGCUCCGACCGCGACCGCUACGUCUCCAUCCUCUGGGAGAACAUCGAAGCGAGCGGCAAAAGCAACUUCGAAAGGGUGAGCACCACCGAGCACUACGGCGUACCGUACGACCUCUCCUCAGUCAUGCACUACGGCAAACUCUUCUUCUCAAGGAACGGAAAGCCGACCAUCCUCACACUGGACCCGACCAGGCAGGGCCUGAUCGGACAGCGCGUGCAGCCGUCGUUCCGCGACGUCAGUCUCAUGAACAGGUUGUACAAGUGUGAAGAGCUGUGCCCUAGGCGGCCGGCCUGCCACAACGGCGGCUACGUGUCGGCUGACUGCAGGUGCCACUGCCCUCCGGGCACGUCAGGCGCCGAUUGCGGCAAGGUCACGGGCUCCUACUACCCGGAGCCGACCUGCGGCGGCACGGUCACCACCGAAGGCGCCCUCACCAGCCCCGGCUGGCCGGGCGUCUACCCGGCCGGCGUCGACUGUGUGUGGUGGAUCAAGCCGCCGGCCGGCCGCCGCGCGCAGGUCGCCUUCACCAAGUUUGACAUCCUGUUCCGCGUCAGCAACGGCUGCUACUUUGAGUACCUUGAGGUCCGGAACGCCGGCGUCAUGGGUGAGGCGGAGCAGUAUUGCGGCACUGACCUGGCCAACAAGAAUCUGGAGGCGCGCGGCCCCGACGGUGACAUGGUGCUCCAUUUCAAGGCCUACCGCAAACACUACGCCGGCACCGGCUUCUCCGCCGAGGUCAAGUUCGUGUGAAGGGAAAUCCCAUUGCAUGGAGGUGGUCUUCUCAUGUGGUCAAAGCAUGUAAAUAUGACCCGUUUUUGGGGAAGGUGGGAAGGGUAUUAGGGCUUUUUCUAAGAUCACCAGGUUUAUCUCGACUGUUCGUGUUAAGCACAUGGUCGGGGGGACGCGAGUGUAACUGAGUGUUUGCUACGCAGGCAUUUCCACACCAAUGCAUUAACAGCUUUGAUCCAAUGCGUAGCGUUUACUUUUAAUUCCAUGGUACCAGGCCAAUCUGAAGCGCUACGUCCUAUCGUUUUGCAUCAGGGACAUUUUGUAUUCGCACGAUGGAUCAUAGUCUUUGGCCCAGAUUGUUUUAGCACAUUUGUUUGAACUAUGUCGCCUUCUAGUUGCGCGAUAACAUGAAUAAACCAGUAUACUGUA